AUGAUGAAAGAGCUGAUUGACGGAACAAAAGUUCAAGUAAUUCCUCACCCCGUCCACAAUGUUUGUCGCUGCGUCAUAAGCUGUAAGGAAGCUAUUGAACUAAAAGACGACGAAUUGGAAUCAGAACUGCGAGGGCAAGGAGUGUUGAAAGUGCGUCGAAUUACGCGCAUGGAAAACAGUAAAAGAGUGAAUACCCCAACUGUUGUGUUGACUAUCUCAGGAACAGUAAUUCCUAGAGAAGUUCGGGUAGGGAUCAUAAACUGCAGAACUCGUAUGUUCUAUCCAUCCCCGUUAGUUUGUUACCGCUGUUGUUCCUACGGACACACCAAGGACAAAUGCAAUAAUGAACCAGCAUGUCGUAACUGCUCUAAAACUCACGAGCAUGAGGAGGAAGAGCAGUGUAAAGAGGAUCCUUUUUGUAAAAACUGUUCAGGAAAUCAUUCACCAACCUCACGCAAAUGCCCUUUGUUUCAGAAGGAAGAAGAAAUCAUUAAGAUUAAAGUGGAUAGUGGAAUAACAUUUGGAGAGGCCAGAAAAGAGUACGCAAAAAAACACGCGGAAAAUUCGUAUGCCAAUGUGUGUGGAGCACAGCAGCGUCUUGAUCAAUUUCGCAAAGAUCAGGAAAAAGACGUCCAGAUUGCUAAGCUACAGGAAGAAAAUAAAAUUCUUAAAGCAAAACUCCCACAAACUGUCGAAACGGAAGAAAUUGAAAAAUUGAAGCAAGAAAUCUACAACUUGCGAAAAAUCGCCAAGGAUUUUUACCUUUUAAAAGAAAAACUAUAA